UCGUUGCCGGACUUUCGUUCCUGUAGCAGUAACGUUGUACAUUUUUGUUUAAUUCCAUGUAACUGGCUUCUCACAUACACAUUUUGUGAAAUAUGGCAUUUCAGUGUCAGAGGGACUGUUACAUGCAAGAGUUUGCCACCUCGGUGGUGUCCUGCUGUCCUGGCGAGCUGAAACUGGAGACUAACGGGAAGAAGGAGAAGGUGAAAGGCUUCAACGUCACCCUCAAAGACACGAUUCUCUUCCCUGAGGGAGGAGGUCAGCCAGAUGACCGUGGGACCAUUGGGGACGUGCCUGUCCUGCGUGUGACAAGGCAGGGGCCGGAGGCAGUGCACUUCGUGGAGUCAGCGCUGGAGGUGGGGGCAGAAGUGCAGCUGAAGGUGGACUGGGAGCGCAGGUUCGACCACAUGCAGCAGCACUCCGGGCAACACUUAGUUACAGCCUUGGCAGACACUAUGUUUGGAUACAAGACCACGUCCUGGGAGCUGGGGCGCCAGCGCAGCAUCAUCGAGCUGGACACUGCCACGGUGAAGCCCGGCGAGAUGGAGGCCCUGGAGAGGGCGGUGAACGAGAAGAUCCGCAACCACGUCCCCGUCACCGUGCAGCUGCUCUCACUGGAUGACCCCGCUGUGGAGAAGGUGAGGAGCCGCGGCUUGCCGGACGACCAUGCGGGUCCCAUCCGGAUCAUCGAAAUUGAGGGUGUGGAUGCCAACAUGUGCUGUGGGACCCAUGUGUCCAACCUAAGCCACCUACAGGUGAUAAAGAUUCUUGGGACUGAAAAAGGAAAGAAGAACAAAACCAACUUGAUUUUCCUUGCGGGCAAUCGGGUUCUCAAGUAUGCCGAGAAGAGCUACAGCAUAGAAAGAUCACUGACUUCCUUGCUGAAGACAGGAGCAGAUGACCACGUUGAAGCUGUGGACAAGCUGCAGAAGUCUGUCAAGGUUCUGCAGAAGAACAAUCUCAACCUCUUGCGAGACAUGGCUGUCCUCAUCGCACAGAAUUUCAAGAGCAAUCCCAACAAGGGCAACCUAUUCUGCUUACACAGGAAGGACGGGGAUAAUGAGUUCAUGAACAUCGUAGCCAAUGAAGUAGGCACUGAGGACACGGUGGUGUUCUUGACAGUGGGAGAGGAGAAGGGCGCAGGCCUGUUCCUGCUGGCAGGACCCGUGGGGAUUGUAGACGAGCUGGGGCCCAGGGUGCUUGAACUGCUGGAAGGGAAAGGAGCGGGGAAGAAUGGACGUUUCCAGGGGAAGGCAAACCGCAUGGGGUGGCGGGCAGAGGUGGAGGCCCUGCUGCGGGAGCACAGCCGCCUCCGCAGCUCAGAGGAGGAGUGAUCAAGCGGAGCAAAGCGCAGCUCUGACUGCCCGCCUGCCACCCAGGAGUGCCGUCAGCAAUGGGACAGAUGCGAAGACAUGCAGACAGAAAUGGAAAGACAGGCAGCUCCGCGAACAUGUAGACACCCAGUCACCUACAACUCACAGAUAGGCAGAUGCAAACGCACAAUGCAGGGCUAAGACUCCAGCAGCUGUAUACCUGUCAGUGCAACAGUGUAUUUAUAACACAGGAUAUCUCUAACAUUGACCUACUUAGAUUAUUUAUGGAUUGUUGUUUACCAGAUGCUUUGCUUCUGAAGUGCUCCAUGCGACCAAAUAGCCUGUUAUCAGAUGACCAGAUGAGAUUUAGAUGAAUGUUACAU